GUGAGGAGGCGACUGGGAUGCGGUGAAUAAGCUGUUUGUUUGCCCCCCAGUUUCCUCUCUAGCUUGGUGCUUAGCAUCCAGGGCGAUUUCUUUUCACAAGUGACCCCCGGGCUACACUGCAGUGUGCGUUCAAUAGUGCGCCCAAGACAAACUUCAUUAUGCAAGGUCUAGGGAAAGUAGAGCGUGGCGACCAAGGCCGAGACAUCGACCUGACAUCAAUGAGAUCAACCAUGCCGGCCGGCGGUCCUCUACAGGGUGGUUCCAGCUCCAACCUGAACAUGAACCUGUACGCCACCAAGAAAACAGCAGCUGAGGGCAUGCUGGACAUUGCUCUGUUCCUGGCUAAUAUCACACACAUGAAGACUGUCAUAGAACAAGGGGCAGGAUACAGGUACUACGCUGCGGUCCUGACUCUCAUCUCCUUCUCGCUGGCUCUCCAGAUAGUUGCCGGGGUUCUUAUCAUCAUCAUAGCACGCCGAGACCUCAACCAGGAGGCCAACCACCAGCGCCUGGACAGCCUCAACAACACUGUCACCAUCGUCAUCUUCCUCAUCUUCGUGACCAACAUCUUCAUCUCAGUCUUCGGGAUGGAGCGCACCGGACUCUUUGCUAGGAUGCAUUUCUAACAUUGGAAGCAGCUUCUAAUGCACUAAUGACGAGGGAUGCUCUGAUCAGGGUUAUUGCUGCGGAUUCCGAUACGAUCAUCCAUGAGUGAAAUCGGCCGAUACCAAUGCCGAUCACAUGGAUUAUUUAUACAUUUUUCAAUUUAUUUAGGAUAAGUGCUGUUGCCCGGGGGUGCCGUAUAAGGGGGAAAAGUCAGGACAAAAAAAUUACUACUAAAUUAAAGUAAUUACUACUAAAAAGUAAUUAAUUAAUAAAAAUGGGGGGAAUGUGAUUUAUUCCUGGCCACACCCCUGCUAUCGGCUAAUAUGAGAAAAGGAACCAUAAAAUCACCUUAAUUUCGACACAAACAUAUUUGACUUACUUACAAGAGAACGUAUGUCACUUGUGGAUCUAACAGAGGAUGACAUGUGAGAUUGAGUACUUUGGUGGAGUUCCAGCAGGACUUCCAGGAGCAUGUAGGUGGGUUCCAAGUGAGAGAGCAGCCGGCGAACCCGGCGUCUUCCACCUGGUCAUCCUUGCCCGAUGAAUUCAAUUAUUUUUCAGGUUAUGUGCUUAGCCUUGGGCCUGUCGCGCACGUACGGGCGAGAGCUGUCCAGCAUUUUGGCUGCGUUAGCUGCCGUUUGACUGGUGAUCACAGCGUGAUCCACCAUACUCUGUUCUUCAAAUGCCGUAUUAAAUUACAACUUUUUAACACGCUACCCUCACGAGGUAUUUUUCAUGGCAUGUGUUGGCACGUGAGUGCCACACGGCAGACAUGUUUGUUUCUGUUGUGGUACACCUGUGCAGUGUGAAGGAAAGUGGGCGGAGGACGCUACCCAAGACAUUAGUUAGGGCAAAGACAUUAACCUUGCACGCAGGAAUCACUACAGGCCGCAAUAUUACGAGCCACAUGUGAUGGGCGUCGAAAGGCAUUUAUCGGCAUAUGCGAUCACGUGCUUUUUCACAGAAAUCAGUCGAUGCUGAUCGGUGGCCAAUCGACCGGAGCAUCCCUACUAAUGACUAUUACUGAUAUUGUUUUGCACACGAUUGGACUGCCAAUAGACCAACCAGCUGUAUGUGUGUGCGUGUGCUUGUGUGGGUGUUGAUGUGCGUGCACAGCUCGUGUAGAGUUGACCCUCCUUCCCUCAUACCGACGACUCUUAAACUUCCUCAACAAUCUGACCACCGGCAUCGUCUUUGUCACCCUCAUUGUCAACAUCAUCAAGUCUGCUUUUGGCACGCAACGCAGCUGCUUACUGCGAUGGAUGUUU